AUGAAGAGCAUCCACUCCCUGGCUGGAAUCCUCCUGCUCCUGGGCUUUGUCCACAGCAGCUGGCAGGUUCCUCUGCAAGAGUCCGACGACAGCUCCAGUUUGGAGACGGAGGACACGCUAGUGGACGAGCUGAGGCAGCUGCCCAGCAUGAAGAGACACUCCGAGGGGACCUUCUCCAACGACUACAGCAAAUACCUGGAGGACAGGAAGGCGCAGGACUUUGUUCGGUGGCUGAUGAACAACAAGAGGAGCGGAGCUCCACAGAAGCGCCACGCAGACGGGACCUUCACCAGCGACGUGAGCUCCUUCCUGGAGGACCAGGCGCUCAAAGACUUUGUUGCCAGGCUCAAGUCUGGACAAGUCAGAAGAGAAUCUGAGAAGGACAGCAGGAGGCAUGUAGACGGCAGCUUCACCAGUGAUGUGAACAAGGUGCUUGACUCCAUGGCUGCCAAGGAGUAUUUACUGUGGGUCAUGACCUCCAAGCCCUCAGGGGAAAGCAAGAAGGGACAAGAGGACCAAUGA